AUGGCACUUGCUCCCCCUCUCCUGCCUUUCCUGCGACCCCUUGGCCCUCCAAGAACCUCCGCUCUCCGACACGUCCUCCGCUUCUCCCAUUGCGCGCGAUCAAGAAACGAAGCGUCCCAUCACCCAACCGCACCCGUUCCCCCGCCCUCCGUAACCACCUCACCCACUCUCAUUCAGACCUCCUCUCCACCAACCCCGUCUUCCCACGCGCCCUCAACUCCCCCGCCUCCCUCGCCUUCAACUUCCCGCUCCAGCCGAAGCUCGCGCAAUUCUUCCUCGAGCCCCUCGGCAGCUCCCAGGCCUCCUACGACCACGCCCCUGAAAUACCACGUCUCGCGAACCCCAUCUUCGCAACUGCCCGUGUACAAGCUCGCGAAGAGCGGCGGGAAUCUGCACCAGACGCGGGUCAAGAAGAUAGCCGGGGAUGUGCAGGCGCUGAGGCAGGACAUGCAGAAGCUGUUAGGGCUGCCAGAGAAGGAUGUAAUGAUCAAUACCGUCACGCAGCACGUUAUCAUUAAGGGCUGGUACAAGGACGAGAUUGUCAAGUUUCUCGAGUCGAAGAGCUUCUGA